AUGCAGACACCGCAGCCUGACCCACCUCAAGACACAAGUAUCAGUGCGAUGAAAGAACCGAUUCCUCCAUCGGUGCCCGCUCCUCUGGAAGUGCCAGAAGCAUCACCUGUAACAGUAGAGGUUCAACCGGAAGGAACAUCAAUUAGCACAGAGUUAGGUUAUGCGAAUGAUGCAAUCAAGGCCACAAACAAUGAAAAGCCUGAACUAACAACUGCGAUAGUAGCAGUGCCCGAAAUAACAACUAUUACGCCUACUGUAAAACCAGAAGAUACGUCAUUUGCAGUCGUGAAUCCUUCAAUUCGAGGUGCUUUCAGAUCACCCAGACCAUUGUUUUCAGCACCCCCUCCUUCAGAGCCUGCUGUGACAGUACCGGCUGAAUCAAUAUCGAUAUCGUCCGGACCUGUUGCACAAGAUCCUGUUGUAGAAGAUCCUCAGCCAGAUAUUCCAUCAAUAAGAAGCGGAUAUCUCAUUCCGAAUCAACAAAAGCCGUAUAGUCCAUCUAAAAUCAUCUAUUUUCCGAAGCCUAUCCCGAACAGGCCACCCCCAGGUGCCCCCACAGGCCCAGUUGCAAAUGUACCUCUGGGACCGAGGCCUACUACGAAACCUAAAUCAGAAAUACCGGUUUCCACUGUUGCUAAUCCAAUAUUGGUGAACUACAGAUGCAGUUCGGAAUAUGGUUAUUUCGCUAAAUCCGACUGCGAUAGUUAUAUUGAAUGUAAGAAAAACGUGGCCAUAGAAUACACGUGUCCUGACGGACUUCAUUUUAAUCCUAACGCCAUUUGGCCUGAAUAUGCUUGCGCAUAUCCAUCCGAAGUCAAAUGCCAAGGAAAUUCCUUUGAACAGGCACCGAAGCCCACUUCCGAAUGUCCCCGACAGUAUGGGUUCUUUGAGGCUCCAAGCGACUGCAGCAGGUACAUAAGCUGUCAGGAAGGAGCGGCAACCCUGAUGAACUGUCCAGCAGGUUUAGUGUUCAACCCUAGCGUCAGCUCCUGCGACUGGCCAGAGCAAGUGCCCUCUUGUGAUGCUAAAGUUUUCCGCGGGUUUACUUGUCCAGAAGCCCCGCUGGAUGAAUUCGGCAAUCCUUGGGACAUCAUCAUAAACUACAAGUACGCUAACAGCUGUAAGAACUACGUGGCGUGCCAGCGCGGGAAGCCCCGACUGCUAAGCUGCGACUCUGGCUUCUCAUUCGACAGUGAAGCUGGAUAUUGCGUUGAAUCUGAUUAUGUAAAAGGUUGCACCGAAAAUUAUUGAGAAGGUACACUGGUGGACACGUACAACGUAACACUUUAGACAUUGCGUCUACCAUCAUGUGUGUUGUUUUUUACGUAACUAGGUACCUACAUUAUAAAUAAUUGAUAAUUAAGUAGUUACUUGCCAUAGUAUAAAGUUAUAUGUACUUAGACCUUGAAAACAUAGUUUUAUUUAUAAUAUCCUUCUUGAAUCGGUAACAGUAACUAGG